GCGCCGAAUGGAAACUUUUAACCGAGGAAGAAAAACGUCCAUUUAUCGAUGAAGCAAAGCGACUACGUGCAAUGCACAUGAAAGAACAUCCUGACUACAAAUAUCGUCCCAGAAGAAAACCGAAAGCACUGCGACGUGAUGGUUAUCCCUAUCCGAUGCCAUAUCCAUCAGUGCCCGUGGAGGCGUUACGUGCAGGUAUAACGCCAGGGUACUUUGCGCCAAGCCCAGCAGCCGCAUAUCACUUGGGCAGCCAUCUGACACAGACGAAUCCGUCAGCAUCACAGGCCGGACAAAUGGAUGUACCGAAGUUUGCGCUCGACCGCAGCUCGUACCUCAGCUCAGCAGCUACGGCUGGCUCCCUCUACGAGACAUCGAAGGCUGCCCAGGCGAGUGCCGCCUACAGCGCCUACUUGGAUCCCAGUGUACUUACAAAGGCUUACUUCGACUCGAAAAUGUAUCAGGAUCGCGCUGCCAAUUAUGCCUUUGACAUUUCAAAAAUCUAUGGCGCCCAACAACAUGGCUCCUCGGCGGCCGCCGCGGCAGUGGCGCAUCAACAGCAGCAACAACACUUGCUCAACGGCCUGGGCAUAGCCAGUUCGCAUCAGAAUAAUGGCAACAACAAUAAUAACCACUCAACAGCGAACAAUAAUCUGGAUGAACGAGACCACACACCGCAUUUAGAUAGCGGCGGGGCUGGUGGUGGAGUUCCGAGUGGUAUAGGGGAUUCCAAGCCACAUCUACACUCGCCAACGGACGCACAGCUAGAUUAUUCACAAUAUGCGCAAUACGGUCAGGUGGGUGGAGCAACCGUUGGUCUUGGUGGCGGAGUCGUUACCAACGGAGGUUUAGCUGGCAUUGCGUCUGGUGGCCCAGGUACUGCUGGCGCUGGUGGUGAUUUUCGUCGUCCGCUCACAGUUAUAUUUUGACCACCAUCCGUCGAGAGUGAGGAACUGAACCUGUCCAUGACGAAUUAGAUUUACCAGUGGUUUUCUUUCUAGAGUCUUAGUACACAUCUGAAACGCUACAUCAGCACGCAUGAAUGGAGUAGAUAUAAUACAGUAGACUCCCAUACAAAAAUCGACAUACAUAUGUAUGUAAGUUCCAACAACAAACGGGCAUGAGCUGCAAAUCUUACGAUUUGAAAUUGGUACGAUACGUAAAUCUACGAAAAACCAAUCACUGAAUCCGGAUUGUUUUGAACAUAUUAGCAAAUCUUACGAGUUGUUUUUUAAUGUCACUAAAAAGGUACGGAAAUUACUGAUUUUUUAUUGUCACUCGAAAAAAGUCACAUUUCUUACUAAUUUCGGGAAGUUUUCAAAUAGAAUUGCUCAUGUUAGAAGGAAUGAAAGUUGGCAUCAUAUAAAACAUACCUGUGAAGUUUCAAGAGUGUGUCACCAAAUUAUAAAAAAAUGGCAGCAAGCAGAAUAUCUGUCGCAG